AUGCAGUCCAUCACGUCCACGACCACGCUCUCCGCGCGCGUCCAGGCGCGUCUCGAUCCGCGCGCGUCUCGCGUCGCCCGCGUCGCGCGACGCGGUCGUCUCCCGAAAACCGUUCCCUCCCGCCUCCGCCGACGACAGAUCGCUCUCGUCUCCUCCCCGCGUCUCCGUUCGCAGGCGCCGACGCGCCCGAAGUCCGCGCGCUCCACCUCCGUCGUCCCGAACGCGACGCGCGACUCGAAGAAAGCCGCGGCGGAGGAGGAGGAGUCCUCGUUCUGGAAGAAGGUGUUCCUGAAGGACGGCCAGGAGGAGGUCUCGAGCGCCGAUUACCAAAAGUUCCAGAAGGAGCUCAACGAGAAGAAGGCGGCGGCGAAGGCGCGCAACGCGGACAAGGGCAAGUUCGACGGCUGCGUCGUCAUGUGA